UUUGAUCGGUUUCUGAUUUCUCAGCGAAAGAAGCAAAGUGCCGACAAAUAGUGAUUUUCGUGAAGGAAUCAGUUGGAAAAAGAUGAUACAUUUGGCUGGAUUUACGUGUUGUUUAGGCGGCAUCGCUCUUUAUCUUCUCAGCCGGAACACAGGCGGAGUUGUCAAAUCAAUCACUAGGGUUCACCACCUCAAGGAUUUAGAACAAUUGGUAGAAGUAGAGAGCAAGGUGUUUCCUUUGAUCAUAGCAGUAUCAGGAAAUGUUGGCUCUGAGACACCUAUUAAGUGUGAGCAUAGUGACAUACUCGGUGUUUUUCUCAAGAAAACGGCAGAACAACAGGUUUUGAGACGUAAUUGGAGGUUCUCGUGGGUUCGAAAGAGUACAUUGAUGCAGCCGAUGACUAAGGAAGUCCCGUGGUAUCUGGACGAUGGGACAGGUCGUGUGAAUGUAGCGGUAUCUCAAGGUGAAAUAGGCUUGGCGUUGACGGUUGGAAGUGAUGUAUUUGAAAAGGCAGAGCCGGUAUCGCUUGUUCAAGGAACGUUGGAUUAUCUUAAAGGCCUCAAGAUACUUGGAGUAAGACGCGUUGAGCAUAUUGUCCCAAUUGGUACACCGCUUACAGUUGUUGGUGAGGCUGUUAAGGAUGGCAUGGGGAAUGUCAGGAUUCAAAAACCUGAGCAAGGACCUUUCUACGUGUCUUAUGUACCGCUCGAUCAACUCAUCUCUAAAUUGGGCGAAUGGUCAAGGAGGUUCAAGUAUGCCUCCAUGGGUUUAACUGUUGUUGGUGUGAUUCUUCUUUCAAAGCCUGUGAUUAAAUAUAUUCUAAAGAAAAUUGAAGAUACUCUAGAGAGAAGGCGACGACAAUUGUUACAGAAAAGAGUUGUUGAUGCAGCUGCUAGGAGAGCCAAACCAGUAACUAGAGGAUUAGAACACCGCUCAGAUGGUACAAGCAGAGAUGGCGAUGUACCUGAUCUCUGCGUGAUCUGCCUUGACCAGAAAUAUAACACCGCUUUUGUUCAGUGUGGUCAUAUGUGUUGCUGCUUAACAUGCUCCUUGCGAUUGACGACCUGUCCUCUUUGCCGGGAACGAAUACAACAAGUUUUGAAAAUUUACCGCCAUUGAAGGACGAUAUUUACCAGCAAACAAUCAUUGAUCUUGUAUAUAAAGCCUUGUACUGUAUCUUCAAUUCGACUAGAACAAUUUUUCCAUUGUAGAUUUGUAAAUACUAAUCCUAUAUGAAAUUUCAAGCCUAGAUUUUUACUAAUGAAGUUAUUGUCUUCUGUUAUAAAUUCAUCAAUUUUCU